AUGGCAGAUAGCAAUUCUGAUUCAACAUCUUAUUCUUCAUUGCAUAAUUUGUACCCGAGCAACUACCAUCAGGAUAAUAUCAGCCAACACAGUGGAGAUGCUGAUCAGGAAAGUUUAGACAAUGAUUACCCUUCUGGAUACCAUCAUUCUAUACAUAGAUUGAGCCAGUUGAGCAAUAGAGGCAAUCUAAAAAAGGCUUUUGAUGCAAGAACAGGAGGCACAACAAGGAGAAAUUUGGGAAAAAAUAAUCAAAAAGGUUUAUUAUUGGAAAAACAUGCUAAUAUUAUUGUAUCGAAAAUGGAGCAAGAUGAGGCCCUUAUGGAAGAUUCUCCUGAUGCUGAGGAAUUAAGAAGAACUGCCUUAAGAGACAUGCCUCAAUGUCUUACAAUUAAAAGAUGCGUGAAAGUGAAACUUUCUAAAUCUGUUAGUCAGAAAUCUAAAAGGAAACAUCUUAGUUAUUGGAAGAUGUUCAAAUAUCGUUUAAGCAUGAGUUGGACAAAACUCAAAAUUAACAUUAGAGAUUUAGCUUAUUCGUUUGAGCUUUGGUAUGGACCCCUAAAAAAAAUCGAAGGAAAUUUCGGCACUGGAGUUGCCUCUUUUUUUAAAUUCCUGAGAUCUCUGUUUUUAAUUAAUUUGGUCAUAGCGAUUUUUUCUAUAGGUUUUAUUACAAUACCAAGAACACUAGUGCCAAAAACCAUAAUUCAAGAUGCACCCGCAUGGGGUAUGGAAGAUCUGUUGUCUGGAGAAGGCUACCUCACAAACACUUUACUGUAUUAUGGAUUCUACACUGAUGAAAAUGUUAGUGACAAUAGUGUCCUAUCAUAUAGCAUGCCAUAUGCAUAUUUUUUCACCAUGUUGUUCAUUUAUUUUGCUUGUUUUGCUGUUGUUGGUAUUAGUGCUGCAAAAUCUUAUAGAAGAAGUUUCAUAGAAACAGAAGGUGGAUUAAAGAACGUAUUUGCCAAUAAAAUAUUUUGUGGAUGGGAUUAUAAUAUUGCUACCAAAGAUGCUGCUGAACUAAAAAGAAAAGCAAUUUUUAAUGAGUUGAGGGAGCUGAUAUGGGACUUCACACAAAGCAAACACAAUGAAACAUUCCACCAGAAAUUCCUAACGCGCACAAUUCAAUUUUUCAUGAAUCUAGUCAUACUCUUUAUGAUUUCUGGUAUGGCCUAUGCCAUAUGGUAUUUCCUGAACAAUGUGCCAACCGAAAGAAGUUACAAAAUUAUAGUUGCGCCAUUAUUUAUUAAUAGUGUAAUGGCUUUGAUGCCCAUGUUUUUGAGUUUUUUGGUCAAAUAUGAAGAUUAUAAAAGUCCAAAAACUGCAUUGUAUGUGACUUUGGCUAGGACGUUUUUGUUGGGAGCAGUCUGUGUUGGAGUGCUGGCUGGUUAUUGGCUGACCAGCAGUAGUAGUACUUCAUGUUGGGAAACCUCUUUGGCUCAAGAAUUUUAUAGAAUGAUUGUUUGGGACUUUAUUAUAUCAAUUUUAUUAACUGCUCUAUUGGAUAUUGUUAUGUAUUUUUUCUACAAAUAUUUGCGAAAAGAUGUUUAUUUGGAAUUUGAUAUUGCUUGGAAUACUAUGCAAAUUAUUUACAACCAAACCCUGUUUUGGGUGGGUUUAGUUUUCUCCCCAUUACUCCCUGUGGUGGUUGUUAUUAAAUUAUUCCUAUGUUGGUAUAUUCGAUUUGGUAUAGUGAUGGUUUUAUGCAAGCCCUCCUCAAAAACCUGGAGGGCUGCGCAAACAUCCACAUGGUUUUUAGCCAUGACCUUUCUAAGUAUGAUUCUAAUUGGAGGAUUGUUGGGAUAUAUAGUUUCUUAUAUUCCUGUUUCUAAAGACUGCGGACCUUUUCGAAAUUACGAUUAUAUUUACGAGCUAGUUACUGAAGGAGUUUUCAGAUUAAAAACAAACAGCUCUGUGUGGUGGGUGGUUUUGUAUGCUACCAAACCUGGAGUAAUCGCAUUGAUUUUAAUAUUUUUAUCGGCCAAAGUUUAUUAUUCCAAAGCGCAAGCUUGUGCGCAAAAAGAAAUCGUAGAGCAGUGUAGAAACAUGCUAAUUUGGUCAGCUAAAGAUAAGGAAUACUAUUAUGCUUUGAUAUCUAGAGUCACUAAAGGGCAAUGGCAAUACAGAUUCCAUGAUAGAGCUGGUAAUCCAGAAUUUUAUGAACCUGGUGAUGUGAAUAAUGAUGAGACUGCAGAACCGUUUGAAGUUCCUUCCACAUCCAAAAUCUCUUCUGACAUAGAUCCUAUUACGAAGCAGUAUUCUAGACAUAAAAAAUAUACUUGA